GGUGGCUGGGUGCCGCCGGGCCCUGCCUGCUGGUUUACCCCGAGGUGAAGCGCCUUAUGUUUCGCAUCGCCAUGAGGAUCCUGCUGGGCUUCCAGCCCCGCCAGGCCAGCCCCGAUGGCGAGCAACAGCUGGUGGAGGCCUUCGAGGAGAUGAUCCGCAACCUCUUCUCUCUCCCCAUUGACGUGCCCUUCAGCGGGCUCUACCGGGGCUUGCGAGCCCGCAACAUCAUCCACGCCAAGAUCGAGGAGAACAUCCGUGCUAAGAUGGCCCGUAAGGAGCCUGAGGGUGGCUACAAGGAUGCGCUGCAGCUGCUGAUGGAGCACACGCAGGGCAACGGGGAGCAGCUCAACAUGCAGGAGCUGAAGGAGUCUGCCACAGAGCUGCUGUUCGGGGGCCAUGAAACCACCGCUAGUGCUGCCACAUCACUGAUUGCCUUCCUAGGGCUCCACCAUGAUGUCCUACAGAAAGUGAGGAAGGAGCUGCAGGUGAAGGGGUUAUUGUGCAGUCCCAACCAAGAGAAGCAGCUGGACAUGGAGGUCUUGGAGCAGCUGAAGUACACAGGGUGUGUCAUCAAAGAGACCCUCAGGCUGAGCCCACCUGUUCCUGGAGGAUUUCGAAUUGCACUCAAGACCCUUGAGCUAAAUGGUUACCAGAUCCCUAAAGGUUGGAAUGUCAUUUACAGUAUCUGUGAUACCCACGACGUGGCAGACCUCUUUACCGACAAGGAUGAAUUUAACCCGGAUCGCUUCAUGUCUCCAUCUCCAGAGGAUUCCUCUAGGUUCAGUUUCAUUCCUUUUGGUGGGGGCUUGAGGAGCUGCGUGGGCAAAGAGUUUGCAAAAGUCCUUCUAAAAAUAUUUACAGUGGAGUUGGCUCGGAGCUGCGACUGGCAGCUGCUGAAUGGACCUCCUACAAUGAAAACGGGCCCCAUAGUGUAUCCUGUGGACAAUCUGCCUACCAAAUUCAUAGGUUUCAGCGGCCAAAUCUGAGAGCUCAACACUUGCCUCCGGCUGGAUUUCUAUGUAGCAUCUAAUAUGUACAUAGUAACUUUUUAUAGUAACGAAGGCCUUUAAAUAUUUAAACCUGUAAAUGUACAAUAGUUAUUUAUGUCUUCUAAAUAUUUCAAAAGGCUACGAUAUUUUUUUCCCCAAGCACUACAAUUAUGGGUCUCUGAUUCAUAAUUAGAUAAUGUUAUUUCUAUAGAAAUAAGUUUUCCCCUAUUUAAAAAUCUGAGAGCUGGCCGGUUAAGCAUUUGAAGACAUUUCACAAUCGUGUGUGUAUUAAGAAAUAUUCUUAAAGGCAUUUGAAACAAUGGUAACUAGCUACUCAUCCAAAUUACCUAAAUGGUUAUUGUUUGAGAAUGUUUUCAGCAUUAUUUGUGUCUAGAUUUUGUUUAAUGUGUGAAUUUUAAGUUUGAUAAUAAAAUUUAUUUUUGAUGA